UAACUGAUUUAUUUUGACACAUUUUACACAUGGGUAUUGUACGGGACAAAGAAUUGAAGUGAUUGUAAAGCAACAUCACAAAAGAGGAGGGAAGCGCAAUGAUUGGUUUUCAACUGAGACAGAUUCUGACCAAUAAGCGAGAAGCACGUUGACAUAAAAGCUGAUUGUCAAGCCAGAGAACUCAUCGCAGUUUCCUGAAAUACAACUGUACAUCAUGAGCGGAAGAGGCAAAACCGGAGGGAAAGCCAGAGCAAAGGCUAAGACUCGAUCUUCCAGGGCUGGACUUCAGUUUCCCGUUGGCCGUGUCCAUAGGCUUCUCCGCAAAGGUAAUUAUGCUCAGCGCGUCGGUGCUGGUGCUCCAGUGUACUUGGCCGCCGUGCUCGAGUAUCUGACCGCUGAGAUCCUGGAGUUGGCCGGAAACGCCGCUCGGGACAACAAGAAGACCCGUAUCAUCCCCCGUCACCUGCAGCUGGCGGUGCGCAACGACGAGGAGCUGAACAAGCUUCUGGGCGGAGUGACCAUCGCUCAGGGUGGUGUGCUGCCCAACAUCCAGGCUGUGCUGCUGCCCAAGAAAACCGAGAAGGCCGCUAAAGGCAAAUAAAUCAGUUUAGUGUCAAUUUCCCAAAGGCUCUUUUAAGAGCCACCCACUUGUUCUCUGAAGUGCAGUUUCAUUAACGUAAAUAUUACAUUCGUCACAGACAGCUUUUUGUUGCAUUUGUCUGAACCACUUUUUUUUUUCUUGGAUUUUAGUUUUGACAAAUGCCACCGUUCACUUUUAUCAGUUCCAUCACAAGCGCCUUCAUCCUUUUUAAUCAUAUCAAGCACAUACUGACAAUGUUUAUUGCAGGCCAUGCAGUGUUUGAGGGUAGUGUUUUAAGUAAAGAGCCAGUUCAAGUAACUAGUAAAAGUCAGUUUUAUUUAAAAGAAACAUGUUUUUUUUUUUUUUUUCAAAGUGGGUUAAUCCAGCCCUUUGUUGACAAAUGGGCAGUAAUUACAAGUGCUUCAAACGUUCAACAUCAAGAAAUGUUCGUUCGAGCUAAAUUACCCUUUUCGUCACUGAUGUUUAUUCAUUUCACGUUUGGUGUAAAAAGG